GGAAUGUUUUAAGAUUCACUUCUCGCAGACCACUUUGCUUUCGAAAUAUUCUCAGCUCAGCAAGUAUCAACAUGGAGGAAUUUGCUCCACACUUGCUUCUUCUAUUGAUUGGUUUGACUGUAACAAUAAUAUUUAUUUGAUCAAAACUCUGAAUCAACGUGGAAUUUCUAUUUCACUCACGAGUACUAAUAGUUUGCACGAAAUACAUAGAUCGGCUUCAACUGAAAAUUGGAAAUUAGGCGUUUUUCUAGACCUAAGGUGUUUAGAACAAUCAACUAUUCUUGGAAUAUUUUCAGAAGCAGCAGUAAAUCGUAUGUAUGGAAAUCUUCAUUACUGGCUUAUAAUAAGUCAAAAUUUAGAUGCCGCGGCAGCGUGGAUUGAUAAUUAUUCACUAAGCAUUAGCACUGAUCUCGUCAUUGCUGUUCCUUCAAAUAAUAAUUCGGCAGAGGGCUUUAUACUCUAUGAUGUUUAUAACAUCUGGAAAGAAAGAGGUGGAAAUUUGAGCGUAAAUUUUUUUGGAUUUUGGAACUCAAGUGGCAAAAUAACAAUUCAUUCUCAGAACAGUAAAAUAUUAAAACGAGCUAAUUAUCAAAAAUUGAAAUUGAAAAUAUCAUUUUUUUCGAGCAAAUAUAAACCUCCAAAUAUGACGUUCGAAGAUUAUUUACAGGAUUAUUCAAGUUCCCCUAAAGAUGGACUGUCAAAAUUUGGUUUUAAUUUGAUAAAGCAUCUUACGGAUCUAUACAAUUUCUCAUUAGUUAGCGGAGAUAUAGGUAAAUGGGAAGUUGGAGAUAAGUACGGUCCUAUCUUGAGAGCAUUGAGCAAAGACCAAAUAGAUCUUACUGGGAGUCCAGCCACGAUGAAUGUCAAAAGAACGUAUCUAGUGAAAUACAUAUUUCCAGCUUGGCCUUUUAGAACCUGUUUUAUAUUUCGUAAUCCUCAACGUAAAAACAUAGCUAUUAAUGAGAUCCUUGGACCUCUAGCCACUGAUACCUGGUCCUUGAGUCUAGUAAUUUUUCUAUUAAGCGCUUGGAUUUUAGCAACUGUUUUUAAAUACGAAAAUAUAAAUAGUACAAUUAUGAGAUAUUCAGAGUCAAUUGUCGUUAUAAUUGGCGCUCUAUGCCAACAAGGUACGGAAGUUCCAAUGAAACAUAUAUCUACCCGGAUUGCCUUUUUUCACAUCAUGAUGUUUAGCUAUCUCUUUUACAAUUAUUAUUCAGCAAGCAUAGUUUCUGCGCGUUUAAAUGAACCAAUUUUUAAAAUUAAUGAUUCACUAAACGAGCUUUCAAAGUUGAAUAUGAAAUUAGCAUCUGAGUGGAUGGUUUAUUUCGAGCUAUUUAUUAAAAAAAUGGAUUGGGAUGUUCAAACAUUCUACAACAAAACUUGGUCAACCAUUCCAGAAGCUGAACAGUUUAUGUUACCAGAAAAAGCAAUGCACAUGGUACAAAAUGGUGGUUUUGCAUAUCACGCUCAUCCAGACGUAAGCUAUCCAUUCGUCCAUCGAUUUUUCAGCAAUAAGGAAAUUUGUGAACUUAUGGAAGUUCAUCUUGCACAACCCACUUUUUCAACUUUUGCCGUUAGCCGUAAUAGCACAUUAACGGAAAUUUUAAAAAUCGGAUUCGUUAGAUUAUCUGAAGUAGGUUUACGAAAACGGCAACAUUUAAGAUGGACAUCCAUACGACCUCGUUGUCAAAAAUCAAUUUUAAAUGCGUCUAGUAUAAAUAUUUACGAAUUUGCUCCUCAUUUAAUCAUUUUAUUAUUGGGUAUGGCAUUUGCGUUUGGUAUAUUAAUAAUUGAAAAAGUUGUAUACAGUUUUAAAAACGUACAAUAAUUUGAAAUGUUACUUUCCAAAAUAAAAAAUAAUA